AUGGCUACAUGCUCGAGUACGCAAGUUAUACCGAUGCGACCUGAACUACCAGAAUAUAUGGUUGAUAUGAGUGAUAAUGAUUUUGGCGCAAAAUUUUUUUCAGAAAUCAAUCUUGAUUAUCCUGGCUUAACCAAUGUAAAAACCAUGGUGCAGAAAGGAAAUUACACCAUUGCAUUACAAGAGUGGUCUAAUUUAUUUUGGGAUCGAACUAGCUCAAUUACUGAUGCAUCAAAAUACUCAAGAGCUAGUUGGUAUGUCUGUAAUGAUGAUGAUUUAAUGUUAUCCGACACUGUAAAAUUCCAACGAGAAAGCCUAAUAGUAGAUUAUGGGUUGCCGUUUUCAAGAAAAUCAGCAAUUGAUAUGGCUGCAGGUUCAGGAAAUCCCUCUAUGGAAUGGCAUAGACCUGACAGUUAUAACUGUUAUAUCAACACGUUAGCUCAUCCUAAAGUGUUAAUACGUAAGGUAGAAGACAUAAAAGCAGGUGUAAGUUGUCCCUUCACCAGUGAACAAUAUCUUACACGGUGGUCGAAUAUAACCCGGGACUUUGUGAAUAACAAUUGGAAUUGUGGGCUGCGACUAUGCAAAUCUACUUCUGCAACUGCACAAACAUUAAAUCACUAUCAGGUUUGUACCGCUCCUGAGAAUUGGGGUUAUCAUCAUGUUGGGUUUAUGUAUUGGCAUAUUUAUGGCUUACAUAAUCUUUUAGAAAGUUGGAUAGAUAGUAUUCGGCAUUUAACUGCAAACAUGAAUCAUGAAGCAAAAACCUAUAUUCCUUAUCGUACUACUACUGAAAUGUGCUACUUUAUGAUGCUUUGGCCUGGUGUCAAUGGCGCAGAUAAUGAUCCUCACGUUGGUCUGAUUGCUCAACGCACGUUAAUUGCUACAGAUUUAUUUGAAUUAUCGCUUUUGAUGCCCGAGUUUCUACGACAACCAAAAUUAAAUAGUUACUCAAAUACAGUCUUUUGCAAUUUAGUUGAUAUAACAGCUACUUGUCCAUUUAGUGACUUUAAUCGAGAUGGUACGGGUACAGAGAAUUCCCUCAACUAUAUGUUCCUUACACAUCGCACACUGAAGGUUUUGUUAGGUUUAUGUACCGAUGCUAAUAUUAGUUGCAUGUGGAAAAAUGCAGUAGAAUCAUUGAUUACUCGCAGGAACAAAUUUAGAGACAACAUAUACACUAACUUGGGUACUCAAGUUCUAUGCGCUGGUGAUUAUCAAGCGGAUUAUAACUCUCACGAUGGUAAAUUGCCUAAACCAGUCCAUCCUGUAGCCUAUAAAUCCAUAGCUUUUCCUUGGCAUGGCUUGUAUAGUAUGCGUGAUGGAUUUACUCCUAACGACUUUUUCAUUAGUCUUCACUCCCCUUUGCGUGGUGCUGGGCAUGAAGCUAAUGAUGUUAAUAAAAUUAUGCUGGAAGCAUUCGGGCGAUAUAUGCUGGUAGCAAAUGCCGGGGAAGGCAGUGUAUGGGGUUCGAGUUGGGUGCAAAAUACUGUACAAGUAGAUGAUAAACCACAGGCAAAAGUAAAUCAUCCACGUCACGGUGCAUGGACAAACCCUCAAAGUGGGUUGUGGCAUGUGGGAGACAGUUUUGACAUGGCAGAAACUAAUUAUACCUAUGGCUAUGGCCCACAGACAAGUCCGCUUCCUCCUGCCAUUAUUAUGAGUGUGACGCAUAAAAGGAAAGUUAUCCAUCUAAAAAAUUUGAAAAUAGCCUUGGUAGUGGAUAAAAUGGAGGCGUCCGACGAUGAAACCCAUAAGUAUACACAGAUUUGGCAUUUUCAUAAGGACUUUCCCGAUACUAAUGUAACAAUAAAUAGCAAUAAUAAAAUUAUUGCCACCAACCAAUCCGAUACAGCAAACAUAUGUAUGUUACAAGCUUCUCAAGAACCACUGAAUUAUUCGAAGUAUUAUGCGGAAAGUUACACCGGUCCAAUACCUGCCCAUAUAAAUGAUAUAAAAACUGACGGCACUAGUUUUCGUGGUUGGUUCAACAAUGCUGAUGGCUAUGGAUUUCGAAAUAAUAUUUAUCCUGCUGUAGACAUCUAUGCUAAUUUUACUGGGAUGGGGAGUCAAAAGAUAAUAACUGCUUUAGUUCCCAGCCACAAUACUACUGGUCGUAUUUUAAGUAGCAAUCGCAUAGAAACUGAUAAAAUGAUAGGUAUUGAAAUAGUAUUGACUGACAAUACUGAAAUUCGGAUUUAUGAAGCUAUAGGAGCAAAUGUUACCUUCAGUUUUCCAAAUGUAACUGCUGAAAUGCUAGUGCUUCUUAAAAAACCUGGACAAAUACGCUGGACUGGACUUUAUCAAUAUUCUGAUGAUAUACCUAUUAAUCAUGCAGAAUUUGAAAUUUUCCCUAACAACACAGUCUUACCCAUAUAUCAUAUUCGUACACCCGACUGGUUUAAUUGGGAAAUCGAUAAUUCAGGACAUGAAUUUCCGUUAUAUUUCAAAGGCACUAUACAACCUGAAGAAGGUAUGCGAAAAAUAUAUGCAGGUGAAUCAGUAACUCUUAAAGCCAUUACACCCUCAGAUUAUGCUUCUGGUUAUGAUUAUCAAUGGAAAGUAAAUGGAACAAAUGUGGGCAACAAUGCCGACUCUUAUUCUUAUAAUACACAACCGAACGAUUUGAUAGAAUGUACGAUCACUGCCACACCAUUUACCGGAGACUCUCCAUACAUAUUCAAUACAAACGCUUUGCGUGUAUGCGAGGGAACUUUUACUUCAAUAUUUAUUUGCACCAAUAUAACAAAAUUCUAG